GUGACGCAAUAUCCGUCCACACGUUUGUUUUGGAAACUGUCGGCCAAGUUUUGUAAGCGAUCCGAGUGACCGCAGCUGUAAAACAACGCUUUCCCAUAUGCAGCUAUGGAGGUGUGUGUUGUAUCGACGCUGUGCUACUUCAUAUUAUUUUAUGUGUUGGUUCACAUGCUGACCUUCGUGUUCGCCGACGCAGAUUUGACGUUGCUGUGGGCAAGUUUGCGCGGACGCAAGCCAGAGGUGAAGCUGAAGGGUCAGGUGGUGUGGGUCACUGGCGCAUCCAGCGGUAUCGGAGAGGAGCUGGCCUACCAGCUGGCUCGGUGUGGCUCGCGCCUCGUUCUGUCCGCCCGCCGCGAGGAUGAGUUAAAGAGGGUGAAACGGCAAUGCUUAGAGUCCUCGGCCCUCAAGGAUGAGGAUAUUCUUGUUCUUCCGAUGGAUUUGUUGGAGAGGACAACCCAUGAAGCCAAAACCCAAGCUGCAAUUGAGUACUUUGAUCGUAUUGACAUCCUGAUAAACAACGGGGGCCGAAGCCAGCGCUCUUUGUUCUUGGACACGAGUGUUGACGUGUACCAGGCUUUGAUGGAGCUCAACUUCCUGGGUACCGUCUCCCUCACCAAGCAGGUGCUGCCUCACAUGACGCAGCGCGGUACCGGUGCCAUCGUGACCGUCAGCAGCGUGCUGGGCCUCGCCGGGGCGCCCCUGGCGACAGGAUACGCUGCCAGUAAACAUGCUCUUCAGGGUUUUUAUAAUUCCCUUCGGACUGAGCUCAAUGACUAUCCUAAUAUACUCAUCAGCAAUGUGUGUCCAGGGCCUGUGCAAUCAUUCAUAGCACAAAAUGCCUUCACUGAAGACCUGCACAAGCCUGUGGUUUCAGCUGGUUACCAGGGACACAAGAUGCCCACCAGUCGCUGUGUGUCUUUAAUACUGGUGGGGAUUGCCAACAGUGUCAAGGAAAUGUGGAUCGCGCAGCAACCCUUCCUGGCUUUCUACUAUGUCUGGCAGUACACUCCCACAUUCGCCUGGUUCGUCACGAAAUCCCUGAGCAAAAAAAGGGUUCAGAAUUUCAAAUCUGGUGUGGAUGCAGACUCUGCCUACUUCACCAAGCCCAAGACCUUAUAAAAAAAAAGAAAAAAGUGGCUUCUGGACAGGAACAUUUCAAAUUUUGGGUGGGGGUGCAAAGAAGAAUAAUAUCAGCUUCUUACAAGUAAUUUUAUUAUAUACAGAAAGACAUAUAAAAAUGAACAAAGGUCAAUCAAAAUUAUUUUCAAGUUGUAAACAAGUGAACUGUAAACAAAUUGCACUGAACACGUACAGCAAAACUUACCCAAGGCACAUCCUUGAUAUCUUCAAAUAAUUGUAUUUUGUGUCCCUUUUUACCAGACAGGGAAGGUUAUUUGAAUAUUGUAACAAUUAAAAACAGGUAUUUGGUGAAGGGCAGUUGAUUUAAAAACACUAAAUCCCAAACCAAUGUGUUCCUGCUGAAUUUAGCUUCCAAUCAGCCUUUUUAGUAUACUGUAUAUAUACACUGGGUAUGGAAAAAAUGCAGACCCCCUUCAAUUUUUUAAAUCUUUGUUAUACUGCAGCCAUUUGCUAAAAUCAUUUAAGUUCAUUUUUCCCCUCAAUGUACACAUAGCACCCUAUAUUGACAGAAAAAAAACAGAAUUGUUGAAUUUUUUGCAGAUUAUAAAAGAAAAACUGAAAUAUCACACAGCCAUAAGUAUUCAGACCCUUUGCACUGACACUCAUUUAACUCCGGUGCUGUCCGUUUCUUCUGAUCAUACUUAAAAUGGUUCUACACCUUCACUGGAGUCCAGCUGUGUUUGACUAUACCGAUUGGACUUGAUUAGGAAAGCCACACACCUGUUUAUAUAAGCCCUCACAGCUCACAGUGCAUGUCAGAGCAAAUGAGAAUCAGGACGACUGGUUGCAAUCGAAGAAAAGAUGAAUGCGGCCAAGUACGGGGAUAUCCUGGAUGAAAACGUUCUCCGGAGUGCUUAGAACCUCAGACUGGGGCGAAGGUUCACCUUAAAAAAAGACAAUGACCCUAAGCACACGGCUAACAUACAGAAGAAGUGGCUUCAGAUCAACUCUGUGACUGUUUUUGAACGGCCCAGCCAGAGCCCUGACUUAAACCCAAUUGAGCAUCUGUGGAAAGACCUUGAAAAUGGCUGCCCACCAACGUUCACCAUCCAACCUGAAAGAACUGGAGAUGAUCCCCAAAUCCAGGUGUGAAAAACUUGUUGCAUCAUUUCCAAAAAGACUCAUGGCUGUAUUAGCUCAAAAGGGUGCUUCGACAAAAUACUGAGCAAAGGGUCUGAAUACUUAUGGCUGUAUGAUAUUUCAAUUUUUCUGCAAAAAUUUCAACAAUUCAGUUUUUUUCUGUCAAUAUGGGGUGCUGUGUGUUCAUUAAUGUAGAAAAAAAUGAACUUAUUUUAGCAAAUGGCUGCAAUAUAAAAAUGAGUGAAAAAUUUAAGGGUGGUCUGAAUACUUUGCGUACCCACUGUAUAUCCUGUUUAAAUGUUCUGCCACAUGUAACUGGUCGAUGUGUCAGUUCUAAUGUGAAUUUUACAACUUCAA